AGAAACCGAAGUUCAUAUUCUGAAGGAGAAACAAAUAAGUUAGUAAGAAAACGACCAGAUUCUGAAGCUUUACAAGAACUUUACCGGCUCCACCCCAAUCUCAACGGCCAAAGUGUAUGGUUUUUUCCAACGCUUAAAAAGUCUGCAGAAGGUCGUAUUUUGUAUGAGAAAUCAGAAAACCAUGUCUAUAUAUAUGAUAUGAUUAUGCAAAACCGAUUUUCUUCUUUUUCGGCUUGGAUUAAAGCACUUAAUGGCAAGCGUUUUUUUAAAGGCAAAAAAUCAGCAUUAGCCAAUAUAUUUUUAGAGCCUAGCUGUAGCGGGAUGAACAUUGGUCAAAUAAUCAAAGGAGAGGAUUAUGUAUCUUAUUUCAAAAGUAUAGAGAUAAUUACAUUGCUCUCUAUCAAAAAUAAUCUCACCACGAUUAUCUGUAAUGAUGUGGAGUUUGCAGAUAUAACUCUCACAGAAAGUGAUAAGGUUUUGCACCUUAUUUUUUCUAAUUCAGCAAAAAACGCGAAAAAAGAACUUCAUAUUAAGCAAGCGUCCCAUGGAUGUCAAGAACCUAUCAAGUGCUCUAUCUUUGUGAACGGUUGCGAAGUAGGCGACGAUAUUUUAAAGAAAAACGGAAUCAGUAAUAAAAUUUUAACGAUCAGUAAUGUUUUUUCAAUUGUGCGAUUUUGCAAAAAAUCGCGUGUUUGUAUGGGACAAUGCACUAAAGGAUUUAAGCGAGCAACCCAUUUGCGAGGUGAUCAUCUAUAUUCGAAUUCCCUAGGAUCUAAAAAUGAUCAUAAGAUUAUUGCGAAUUUAGAAAAUCAAGGACUUGAUAAUGAAGCUUACCGCAGAGUUAACUGUACUCUUCUCAUAUUGGAUGGAAACAUAUGUUCAAAUUGCAAGAUGUUGUGUAACACGUUAUACAAAAUUGAAAAACGGCAUACAGAUGGUAUACAGUCCAUUAAAACAUCGCAUGCAUCCAGAGAAGUCCUAGCUGAACUUGUUCAGAAUACGCGAAAAGUCAUCAAGUCCCAGAAAAAAUUAGUCGAAGAUCUUUAUGAUCGUUUAGAACAGAAGUUUGAAGCAGAAGAAGAAAAUAUAUCAGAACCAUUGACCAAGAUCGUUUACAAU